ACAGAUUAUCGACUGGUAGAUCGCGAAUUGGCCAGCAGGUUUAUUCUUGUUUUCGUAACAGAACAAUCUAUAGAGCGGGGAGGGUUAAAAGACCCAACGUGAGUUUCCGAGGGACUCCCCGGUCACGUUUAAUUUUUCGUUUAAAAACCGACGUCCUCUCAUCGUUCCCAUUCAGUUACACUUUCGCCUACGUAUUGCCGUGUUACUGUCAAUGAUGGGUUCGUCUAUUUUCCAUUUUUUAAUCUUGAUUCUAACGCUGCAAAACAUUGUUUCCGCCUUACAAACCAGUUGGAAUAACUUCGAAAACGAUACUGAAAUCCCAAGGAUCGUAAGCAGAGAAGAAUGGGGAGCCAGAGCACCGGUAUUUCGUGAAGAAAUGAAGGUGUCACCAACACCAUACGUGGUGAUCCAUCACGGGGGCAUCCCUUGUUACUGUCACACUCAGAACGAGUGCUCUGAGAUCGUGAAGUAUUAUCAAAAUCUUCAUAUGGAUGAUAGAGUUUGGUUCGACAUUGGUUACAGCUUCCUUAUCGGCGAAGAUGGGAAUGUUUACGAGGGUCGAGGCUGGAAUUCGUGUGGGGCCCAUGCACCUGGUUACAACAACCAGAGCAUUGGGAUAUGUAUAAUCGGUGAUUUUAGCGAUUCUCUGCCUAACGCAGCCGCUCUAAAAGCUGUGAAUGCUCUCAUCGAAUACGGAGUGACACUUGGUAAAAUAAAUGAAAAUUAUCAGGUCAUUGGACAUCGACAAGUAAGAGAUACCGAGUGCCCAGGAGAAGAAUUGUAUAAGUAUGUUCAGACACAUCCGCGAUGGACAUCGACGCCUACACCGAGAUUUUUCUACCAUUUCAGAGUCAGUAUCAAACGAACAACGAAGAUGGAGAAAUUGGCAAUUACGCUCAUUUUAUUCGCACUUGGGCAGUUAGUGAUCUGCUCUGAAAAGGAGACAUUCGCUCAGCCGAAUAUAAUAUCAAGAUCAGAAUGGGGUGCAAAACCACCGACGAAAAGAGUCGGUAAUCUUGGAAUCGUACCACCAUAUGUGAUCAUCCAUCAUUCAGCGACUGAUGGGUGCACGACUCAAGCAAUUUGCCAAUCCAGAGUACGAAGUUUCCAGAAUUAUCACAUGAACACCAACAAAUGGUCUGACAUCGGCUAUAACUUUGUGGUCGGAGAAGACGGAAACGUGUACGAAGGCAGAGGAUGGGGUAAAAUUGGUGCACAUGCUCCUAACUACAACUCGAAGAGCAUUGGAAUUUGCAUAAUUGGCAACUUUGUCAAUCGCAAUCCAAAUUCAGCAGCGAUCAAUGCGGUACAGAAUUUGAUAUCUUACGGUGUAUCCAUGGGAAAAAUAACGUCAACCUACACAUUACUUGGACAUCGUCAAACGAAACAAACCACCUGCCCAGGUGACAGCCUUUACAAUCUGAUCCAGACCUGGCCUCAUUGGUCUUCACACGCAUAAUUAUGUUUCUCUAAAAAUUCAAUCCAACUCCUUAAUAAAACGUGAUAUUCUAUGUUGUGUGUUCAAUCAACGAUUUCUUGGUACUUCUGUAAAAUAAAGUUAUUCUAAUUCCUAUUGCAA